CUGGCCACAUGUUUUUAAACAAUAAAGAGCAAUAAAGAGUGGUGACGUAACGACUAGAGUCAGCAAAAUCCAUUUUCGUAUCAUAAAUAUUCUCAUCUGUAAAACUGACCUAAAACCCUCACAUAAGUGUCCAACAAACAAAUCGAGAAACACGAACAGUUAAAAAAAAAUUAAUAGAUCGUAACAAUGGCGAACGAGGUGAUUCUUCUUGAUUUCUGGCCAAGUAUGUUCGGGAUGAGGACGAGGAUCGCAUUGAGGGAGAAAGGUGUUGAAUUUGAGUACAGAGAAGAAGAUCUAAGGAACAAGAGUCCUUUGCUUCUCCAGAUGAAUCCGAUUCACAAGAAGAUUCCGGUUCUCAUCCACAAUGGUAAACCGGUUAACGAAUCUAUCAUUCAGGUUCAGUACAUUGAUGAGGUCUGGUCUCACAAGAACCCUAUCCUUCCUUCUGAUCCUUACCAGAGAGCUCAGGCUAGAUUCUGGGCUGAUUUCAUUGACAAAAAGCUGUAUGAUGCUCAGAGGAAGGUGUGGGCGACAAAGGGUGAAGAACAAGAGGCAGGCAAGAAGGACUUCAUUGAGAUACUCAAGACUCUUGAAUCUGAGCUUGGAGACAAGCCUUACUUUGGUGGCGAUGACUUUGGCUAUGUAGACAUUGCAUUGAUUGGAUUCUACACCUGGUUUCCAGCAUACGAGAAGUUUGCUAACUUCAGCAUCGAAUCAGAGGUUCCGAAACUGAUCGCUUGGGUUAAGAAGUGUUUGCAGAGGGAGAGCGUGGCUAAGUCCUUGCCUGAUCCUGAGAAGGUUACUGAGUUCGUCUCUGAGCUCAGGAAGAAGUUUGUACCUGAGUAAAUCUGUUUCUCUUGUCAUCUGGUUCGGAUGCUCUCUGUUUUACUUUCCUAUGAUGUCGUUCUUAAAUAAUGCAGAGCAUCUGUGAGGUUGUUUGUUUGGGUGUAGAGAAUGUAUCUCUUUGCUUUAGCAAAUUCGUGUGUUUGCUUGAGUUUAAGGGUUUGUCCUUAGUUUGUAUGGAUCUUAAGUAUGAGCUUAAUUAAUGAUCGUUAAUCUCUUGUGAUUUUUACUUUGAAA